AUGGAAGAGGCAGAUGCUUUGGAAGCUUUAUCUACCAUCUUGACACGCUUGACGGAGAACCCGUACGAUUUGUCUCUUCAUGCAGAACAUGUUCGACUCGCGCGCGAGACUGGCAUGCAAGACCAAGUCGAGUCCGCCCUAGAAAUGGUCACCGCCUUUUGGGCAGCAGGCGAUCACAUAUGGCAACCUCUUCUCGAACAUAAGGUCAAGUCAGAGAGUCUUGAAUCAGCAGCACAUUUACAGGAGAUCAUGGGCAUGUACGAACGCGCCGAGGCAGAUUAUCUCUCCAUCCCACUGUUGAAGCAGCACAUUGAGCUUUUGAUCGAUCGUUAUGAACACUUCAGUACCUCGGAGACGAAGCCAGACGACCUCGGUGAACUAUUCACUCCAGAAUGGACGAGCGCCGCGAUCGCGUCUGUCGUUACAAAGGGAGUGGGUCAUCUCACGCAGAGUCAGCAGCUCUGGAACACCUGGUACGAUUGGGAGCUCGAACGACUACAGGCCGCCCAAGGCUUGGAGAGGGAGACACUUGUCGCUCAAGUAGAAGCCAUGCUGCUGGAGCGGAUCCAACAGCCUCACUUCAAUCACGAAGAAACCUUUCAAGCGUAUUCGAGCUUCACGACAAACUACAGACCGCCAGGCCAGUAUGAAGAACUACUAGUCAAUGCGUCGAAGCUCCGCUCGCAGGCUAAGAAAGCAACUGAGAAGCGUGAACAGUUCGAAACGUCUCUUGCGAACAGCGGAUUCUCGCUAGAAGGCUAUGCAUACUAUAUCGCAGCUGAGCGGCGCAGAGGGAAGCCAGACCUCUUUAUCCUCAGUAACGUGUACGAGCGUGCCAUCGCCGAGGGGGACAAGCGGCGAUGGGCAGGAGAGACCAAUGCAGAACAAGCGCUGCAGUCCUUUUGGGCUGGUUAUGUUGACGCCUUGAGAAUGCAGGACGUUGAUGCGGAUCUGCAGCGGGAAAUGUACCAGCGGGCACUGAGGAGCGUCCCGGCAUCUGGCGGAGUACGGGCGCAAUACAUUCGCUUCCUCGAAAGGACAUCUGCGUCUGAAGCAGGUACGGCACCUGCAAUAGUUGAUGUUUACGAGGAGACAAAGACCAUUGCGCCACUGCAGGCGGAUGUGGAACAGCUUGUUCCUACCAUUCUUGCACGAGCCGGCUACGGAAAGCGGCAAGUAGAGGCUGGGCAGAUGGGUGAAAACGGCCUCAACGACUUGGUCGACAUCCUGAUGGAUGGUAUUAGUAGGGUCAGGAACGCUUCACCCGCCGGUGAUCCGAGACUCAGGAUUGAGAAGUAUUUCUCUGCCGUUUGUACUAGAUUAGCUGGCCUUUCCGAGCACGCUCUCAUACUAUGGGAAGACGCAACAAAGCACUACAAGACGAGCUAUCUUGCAUGGACGUCAUACACAGACAUCCUGAUCAAACAAGGCCUUUACGUGGACGCUCGCAACGUGUUCCGCGAUGUGUGUGCGAAGAACUUGGACUGGUCGGAGGCACUAUGGGAGGCUUGGGUCAGCUUCGAACAGUUGCACGGCUCGGUGGAGGAAUUCGAGGACUGCCUCGACCGAAUCGAACGCGCACAGUUCCAGGUCGCCGCGCGACGUGCCAAGGACAUGGAGAGAGCCGAGCAUGCUGCUGCGCAGCUCAUCGCUGAACAACAGGCAAACGCCAUGUUUGUCGCCGCCGUAGCUCCUGCAGGUGCCGAGCCUAUAGCCAUGGAAGUUGAUGUCAGCCAGCCUGUGGCCAGUGGGAGUGGCACGAAGCGGAAGGCCGAGGAUAGUGCGGAGCAGGACGAGAGCAAGAAGCCACGAAUAGAUAGGGAGAAUUGUACAGUAUUCGUCGCGGAUCUUCCUUCAGAUGCCAAGGAGGAUGAUUUGGCUUCGUUAUUCAAGGAUUGCGGAGCCGUUCGGGAGAUCAAGCUCACACAACUACCAAAUUCACUCGUCGCCACAGUAGAGUUCAUGGAAAGGGACAGCAUUCCUGCAGCAUUGACCAAGGAUAAAAAGCGUAUUCAUGGGCAGGAAGUCGCGGUUCACUUGGCAUGGCAGUCUACAUUAUACGUCACAAACUUCCCAGAAAAAGCGGACGAUGCUUUCAUCCGAAACAUAUUCACCAAGUAUGGGACCAUUUUUGACGUGCGAUGGCCGAGCAAGAAGUUCAAGGCCACACGACGCUUCUGCUACAUUCAAUAUACGUCCCCUGCAUCAGCCCAAGCAGCACUCAAACUCCAUGGCGAAGAGCUUGAGCCAGAUCUCUCAAUGAACGUUUAUAUUUCUAAUCCUGAACGCAAGAAGGAGCGGACGGACAGUGACGCCAAUGACAGAGAGAUCUACGUCGCUGGCCUGAGCAGGUUUGCUACAAAAGGCGAUUUGGAGACCCUGUUCAAGACUUAUGGAGUCGUGAAAGAAGUGAGAAUGGCUCUGGACGACAAUGGUAGACCAAAAGGUUUCGCAUUCGUCGAGUUCGAACAAGAGCAAGAUGCAGUCGCUGCUCUAAGUGCCAAUAACUACGAACUCAAAAAACGACGGAUUGCAGUCACUCUAGCUGAUACGCGCAAUCGCGCUAAGAAUCGAGAUCCCAGCCGUCGAACUGAUGCCCGCAACCGCUCUAUUCGAGUCCGUAAACUCCCUCCGAAUACACAGGAGGGCUUGCUGCAACAGUUUUUAGAGAAGCUAGCACCCGUAAAACGAGUUGAAGUGUUUGCGGAUAGGGCGGAAGCAGAGGUAGAGUUUGAGAAUGCAGCAGAUGUAGGCAGGCUUCUCCUUCGUUCAGAGCCCAUAGUCUUCGACGGAGUUACACUUGAGCUCGUAGCAGAAACAUCUGGAGGUCUUGCUGGACCUCGCGCUACCCCUUCGCCGGCGGUAACUGGAGGCCUCUUCGUGCCACGGACUGCUGUGUCAAGGCCGAGAGCUGGUUUGGGCAGCAAGAAGCGGGUCUCCACUGUCUCUGCGACUGGAUCACAGUCAGCGCCGAAUGCACAGAACACACAGCCUACUCAGUCAUCGCAAGGCAAGGGGCAAAAUGAUUUCCGAAAAAUGCUAGGUGGUGGUGGAUAGGGGAAUGUGCUAUAAUAUAACCUGUUCCAUUGUCCCAUGC